AUGUGGCGUCAAGGUGAAGUCCCGCAAGAUUUCAAAGAAGCAACCAUCGUGCAUCUCUACAAGCGCAAAGGGAAUCGCCAAGUCUGCGACAAUCACCGCGGCAUCUCCCUGCUGAACAUCGCCGGGAAGAUCUUCGCUCGCAUUCUCCUCAAUCGUCUGAAUAAUCAUCUGGAACAGGGCCUUCUGUCGGAAAGCCAAUGCGGCUUCCGUCACCUUCGUGGGACCACGGAUAUGAUCUUCGCCGCCCGUCAACUUCAGGAGAAGUGUCAGGAGAUGCGGACCCACCUAUACUCUACAUUCGUGGACCUGACGAAAGCCUUCGACACGGUGAGUCGUGAAGGACUGUGGAAGAUCAUGCAGAAAUUCGGCUGUCCGGAGCGAUUCACUCAGAUGGUGCGUCAGCUGCACGACGGUAUGAUGGCGCGAGUCAAGGACAACGGAGUUGUCUCAGAGGCAUUCGUAGUGACCAAUGGAGUGAAGCAGGGCUGUGUGCUGGCGCCUACCCUCUUCAGUCUUAUGUUCUCUGUCAUGCUGAUGGACGCCUACCGCGACGAACGCCCCCGGAUCCGCAUCGCCUACAGGACGGACGGUCACCUCCUGAAUCAACGGCGGAUGCACUUCCAAUAG